AUGAGCUGGAAGCAAGUGCUGCCGACGCCGUUUGCGAUCGCGAUAGCCGCAGGAACGUGGUACAAUGACUCGAAACGCAAUGGCGCGCUCAACCAGCUGAACAGCAGAAGGGAGAUCGUCAACAACCAACUCAUGCGAAUGUACGCGCCUCUUUACGGAAAUCGACUGAUUCACUCUUCCAACUUGAAAGCGCUCGAGAAGAAGGUCGGCAAGUGCGUCAAUCAACAUCUUGUUGAUAUUUGCGACAAAAAGGACAAGGACGCGUUGGAGAACUGGCGCGGUUUUUACCGACGGUCACUUUCUGCUCUGGACAAAGAUGCUGAGAUCGUUGUUCUUUUUGGCGGGGAUUGCUUUUACGACGAAGAGACUAGACUCAUAACAGAGGAAAACUACGAUUCAACAGACUUUCAACCUGAAGUGAAUAAUAUCAAAUACGAUAUCCACAAAGAGUUCACCGAUCUGAUCACUGCUACUUUUCACAAGCUAGUCCAAGAGCGAAAUGACCUCGAUGAUCAAAUGAAGGGUUCAAAAUAA